AUGAACGCACAGAAUAUCGCCUCAACUUUGAGUGAUUUAGUUUCUCGUGAGUUAUCCAAUAAAGAGCCGUCUCCAGUUACGUCACAGGAGCGGCAAAUGGCCGAAUAUCUUGCCGAUACAGUAAAACUUAUGGUCAGCGGACAGAAGGUUGAUUAUGACGAAAAAACAACCAUAGAUUUUGCUGGAUUUACAGACGAAGAAGAUAGUGAGGGAGAAGAGCAGCAUGAAGAGGAAGAAGUGGACGAGGACUGGACGAACAAAGAAUUAGUGUUAGAAAAAUACGAUUUAAAAAGUUUUUCAGAGGACUUUAUGCGUCAAGUAAUUGAUUUCGUUGAUCAAGCGGGACCUAGAAGUAAACAUGGUCGUUCUUGGAAGGCAAUUCAUCAUAGAUUUAGAACAAUUCCAAACAGACAUUAUAUUCUUCAUUUCCGAAAAUAUCUUUAG